AAUCCGCCAAAAACCAUUCAUCCAAAAACGCUGUUAUUGUGAAACGAUUACAAAGGUGACUCGAAGGGAAUUUCUAAAACAGCCCAGCACCUUCGCCAGCAGCUGCAACGUCUAAAAUCACGCCUUAUCAACUUGAACGAUACAACCAAUAUACAGUUUCGGAAUCAUUUGGUUACAAGAAAUCGUAUGUUUGGCGAACACAGAAACGUGUCGGAGAACACGAUUGCUGCGUUAACUGAGAUUGGCCACAGGAUUUCAAACCUAGGCUCUUUACAUGUUGCUACCGCACGAAAACUCACAAAGUUGCAACAGAACGUUACGGCCAAACUGGAAGAAAUCCCUGUUCAAAUUCGCAUCGCAGAAGAAAAUAUCGCAAGAAAUGAAAGAAUGUUGGAAGAACAAGCUACGGAGUUAACAAGCUUGAAUCAAUCACAUCUAGUCGCAUCAGCAGAGAUAAGGGAGCUAAGCAGAAAUAUGACGGAUGAGAUUCGCAACCUUCCUUCGAAAAGUGACGUCAUUGGACUCCAAAUGCAGCUGGCUAAUAAGGAAGCGGUAUUUCGGGACCGAGUUUUAGAAUUGAAACACACAAGCAAUGCUACGUUUUCCGCUCUCCGAAUUGCUCAAGAAAACUUGACGGCCAAUCUCAAUCGUUUACCGCAGCAACUCAUAAGCACAGAAAAUCAAAUCUUAUUGUUGAGAAAUGAGUUCGACGACCAAAGAAUGAUAAACAGAAGACAAAUGCUGUUGUUAAAUAAAUCAAAUCUGGAGUUGACCGAAGAUAUAAACGCACUGAGUCAAAACUUAACGAUUACCGAUCUUACAGUGUUGAACUUGAACCAAGACAAUGUUAGGAAACAACGAAACUUAAAGAGCGUUGUACAAAAUAUGACUAAAAAUAUAAAUCAUUUGUAUCCUCGUUUGUUGGAGGCAGAAGAUAAGCUAACAACGUUGACUGGUAAACUGCACGACCAUGAUUUGACACUUGAUGUAUUAAACGAAACGAGCGUGGUCACUUCUUCUGAACUUGGAAACUUAAAGGCGUCAGCCUUUCAAAACGUGGCAACCAUAACCAAUCUUCAAGCAGAAGUAACGAAAUUCAAAGUUUCGUACAACGCCAACAUCACGACACUGAGAGCUGAUUUGCAACAAAUCCAGAACCAAUCUAACAACACUGAGGAUGCUAACUACGAUUACCAGUACCCUGAUCAUGCCGAUGAAGAAUCGUGAUGAAUUUAUUUGGGAGAGUGAGAUGAGUUUAAACUUCUCUAUUUUGGGACUCUUCUGGUCGGCAUUAAAAACAAGCUGUAUCCAACCAACUGACUUUUUGCAGUGGUUUAUUAUUUCUGUAUCAUUAGUUUCAAUGAAUUUCGCAAUGUUACGAAAGUUUUUUAUUUUUCAAAAACUAAAAUAUUGUCGUCGCACGGGGGCACUGUUGCUUCACUAAAUUGGUCGUGUAAAUAAUCUUGAAAAAUUAGGCUUUUCCCAAAAGUUUAAACUUGACUAAUAUACUGCCGACUUGUUUUUAUUUUAAAGUGUUCUCGUGAUUUUCGUUGCUUUUGAUACCACGUCCCACAUAACUGCAGAGAUGUUACGGCAAAUUGCCAAUUCCGAAUUUAUUAAAGUUUUCAUAAAAUAUCCACUGUGACACCAACCCACAAGCGUGAUCAUUUAUGUAAAUGUUCCAUUCAGCUCCAUGUUCGUACAUUCAUUGUUGAUGCAAUACAAUUUAAGCCGAAAUCGUU